AUGGCGCCGGCUCAGCGCUUCCAUGGUUAUCCAAAGGCCCGUGAGGGACCCAAGAUCCCCUUCAAUGGUACCGAAGAACAGGUGCCGGUGCUAAGAGGUUGGCUGCUCGUUGUCUUUGCAAACUUAAUCACGCGCUCCUCAUGGCUCGCCAAGUCUACGUGGCGAGAUGCAAACUUUGGUUCUGCCAAAGACCUUCCUGGAUUGGAAGAGUACGACUGGCAAUUGCAGCCAAUCGUCACACCGUUGGCAACAAGCGACAGCCCAAGCAAGCCGGGCAUCACGUCUGAUCUGGCCCUGCGUCAGCCUGAAGACCGCGCUGGUCGCUUCUACUCUGCCGCAGACUACCAUGAGCUUUACAAGUCGGGCAAGCUUACGCCACUGCAAGUAGCCGAGGCUCUACUGCCAUUGAUUGCCCGCGGUCAGAAUCCGCCUGCAAAGUAUGAGUCGGCUACUGCAGUCACCCAAGAGGAGACUGUUCUGAGGGCGGCCAAGGCCUCUACUGAGCGCUAUGCUAAGGGAGAGCAGCUGAGCGUCCUAGAUGGUGUCCCCUUUGGAGUCAAGGAUGAUCUAGAUGUGGAAGGCUAUGUCUCCCACAAGGGUUUGGGUCCACAGGAGGGCCACCCAUUCUUCAAACCUGCCAAAGAGACCAUUUGGCCAGUCAAGCAGUUGGAAGCCGCUGGUGCCAUCAUGGUCAGUACUUUUGCCAUGCACGAGCUUGGAUCCGAUGUCAGUGGUUGCAACCCACGCUGGGGCACGCCGGUCAAUUGGAACAACACGUCAUACUAUCCUGGAGCUUCAUCAUCCGGAAAUGGCUCUGCAUUGAGCGCCGGGCUGGUGCCGUUGGCAGUCGGCACGGAUGCCGGAGGCAGUAUCCGUAUACCCUCCGCCUUUUGCGGACAAUAUGGACUCAAGACCACCCUUCAUAGGGUCUACACAAUGAAGUCCUCGGUUUGCAUCAUUGGCCCCAUGGCUUCAAAUGUCUCGGACCUCACCAUUGCUUUCAGACUCAUGUCUGCUUCCAACCCAGACGACCCAAUUCAAGCAGCCUUUGCACCGUCUAUUCCUCCUUCCCCAUCCGCCAAGAAGUAUAUUGGAAUUGACCAUGAUUGGUUCAACUGUGCCGCCCCGCAAGUUUUGGAGGUAACAAAGAAGGCCAUUUCAUACCUGACGGAUAAGCUCAACUACGAACUCGUCGACAUUAGCAUACCGUACCUCAAGGAAGGCCAGGCUGCUCAUUCAGCUUGGGCGCUUGUAGAGUCAGUCGACCACCAGCGCACUCGCGUUCCGAAAUGGUACAACUCGGACCCCUUGUCCAUGGUAAACCACCCAAACAAGUGCAUGCAGACCAUGGGCGCACUCACAUCAGGUGUCGACAUGGUCAAAUCGGGACAGCUUCGUCGGUUGCACAUGGAGCAUCUUGCUUUCCUCUACCAAAAGUAUCCUGGCCUCUUGAUCCUCACGCCCACGGUUCCCGAUGCUGGCUGGAAGAUCCACCCGGGCGAUGAGGCGUAUGGUUUCAUCGACGGCCCAAAGACAUUUCGGACAAUGAUGUACAUCUGGCUGGCCAACUCGACCGGUUGUCCAGCGAUUACAGCGCCUGUUGGCUAUGCAGAGCCUGAGCAGGGUGAAGGCAGAUUGUCGAUCGGACUCAUGGCCACCGGUGAAUGGGGUGCCGAGGAGCAGCUGCUCUCAUUUGCCAAGGAUGCUGAAGUCUACUUGAAUGAGGUCUACGAAGGCGGACGAAACAGAUCCAAAGACUGGGCAGAUGUCAUUGGUCUUGCCAUAGAAAAGGAAAAUGGAAAGAACUAA